AUGGGUGUACCGGCAUUUUUCCGUUGGUUGACUAGAAAAUAUCCGUCAAUUAUUAAUAAUUGUAUCGAAGACAAACCAUCAACUGACAAUCAAGGUGUUUAUCAUCCGAUGGAUACCAGUGGACCGAAUCCAAAUGGUAUCGAAUUCGACAAUCUUUAUCUUGAUAUGAAUGGUAUUAUCCAUCCAUGCACGCAUCCUGAAGAUCGAGCGCCACCAAAAAAUGAAGAUGAAAUGAUGUUAAUUAUAUUUGAAUGUAUUGAUCGUAUCUUUUCGAUUGUUCGCCCACGAAAAUUAUUAUAUAUGGCUAUUGAUGGUGUUGCACCACGAGCAAAAAUGAAUCAACAACGUUCACGUCGUUUUCGUGCAUCAAAAGAAACUGUUGAUAAAAAUGAACGAAUGGAAAAAAUAAAAGCUGAAAUUCGUGCAAAAGGUGGUUUAUUACCAGAAGACAACGUUACAAAGGGUAAUGGUGAAGAAAAACAAGAAGAAGAAAGAUUUGAUUCAAAUUGUAUUACACCCGGUACACCGUUUAUGUUUCGUCUCGCCGAUUGUUUACGUUAUUAUAUUCAUUUACGUAUGAACAAUGAUCCAGGUUGGAAAAAUAUCAAAGUUAUUUUGUCAGAUGCAAAUGUACCUGGUGAAGGUGAACACAAAAUAAUGGAUUACAUUCGACGUCAACGUGCACAACCAGAUCACAAUCCAAAUACUCAUCAUGUAUUGUGUGGAGCAGAUGCUGAUUUGAUUAUGCUCGGUUUGGCUACACAUGAGCCGUAUUUUACAAUAAUUCGUGAAGAAUUUAAACCCAAUAAACCUCGUCCAUGUGAUAUAUGCGGUCAAAUUGGACAUGAAAUGAAAGAUUGUAAAGGUUUGCCAAAAGAAAAAUUUGGUAAAAACGAUGAAUUAAAUUUAAAUUUUCAUAGUGAAACACAAUUCAUAUUUUUACGCUUAUCGAUACUUCGAGAAUAUCUUUAUCGUGAUUUGAGAAUGAAUUGUCAACUAUCUUUUACGUGGGAUAUUGAGCGAGCAAUUGACGAUUGGGUAUUCAUGUGUUUUUUUGUUGGCAAUGAUUUUCUUCCACAUUUACCAUCGUUAGAAAUUCGAGAAAAUGCUAUAGAUCGUCUAAUUCGUUUGUAUAAAGAAAAUAUACCAAAAUUUAAUGAUUAUUUGACAGAAAAUGGUAUACCAAAUAUGGAAAGAGUACAAAUUAUACUAAAUGGUAUUGGUAAAGUGGAAGAUGAAAUAUUUCAUAAUAGACAUGAACAAGAUAAACAACAGAGACGACGAGAAAAAGAACGAUCACAACCACAAAAUAAACGACAUCGAGCAAUGACAGAUCCAUCAACUACUAUCGAAAUGCCUGUUUGGAUGCAAUGUCGUGUAUUAGAACCACAACCCAUUACUCAACGACCAACAACAAAUAGUAUAACGAAUCCAGCUCAAGCAAAUGCUCAGUUGAGACAAAUGCAAGGAAUGAAUUCAAAUACUGCUAGUGAAAGCCAAACAACGUCAACUUCACAAAGAGGAGCAAAACGUAAAUAUGACGAAGCAGAAGGACAAGAAGCAAACGAACAACAAGACGAAGAGGAUGAAGAUGCGAAUGAUUCGGUUCGUUUAUGGGAAGAUGGUUGGCGUGACCGUUAUUAUAAAAAUAAAUUUAAUGUGAACAAAAAUGAAAGUGAUACAUUUCGAGCUGAAGUUGCGCGUCAUUAUGCACGUGGUUUAUGUUGGGUAUUACAAUAUUAUUACCAAGGUGUACCAGCGUGGGAUUGGUAUUUUCCAUAUCAUUAUGCUCCGUUUGCAUCAGAUUUUAUUAAUCUGAAAGAUUUGUCAACAAAAUUUGAUAAGCAAACAAAACCAUUUAAACCGUUAGAACAAUUGAUGGCUGUAUUUCCAUCUCAAUCUCGACAAUUUUUACCAGAAAAAUGGCAAAUUUUAAUGUACGAUAAACAGUCACCAAUUAUCGAUUUUUAUCCUACUAAUUUUUCGGUCGAUUUAAAUGGUAAACGUUAUGAAUGGCAAGGUGUUGCUCUAUUACCAUUUGUUGAUGAAAAACGUUUACAUCGUACAUUAGAAACAGUUUAUAUGACAUUAACUCCAAAUGAAAAUAAACGUAACACAAGAGGCUAUGAUAGUAUGUACAUACAUCGUCAAAGUGAAUGUUUUGACUAUUUUAAUGAAUUGUAUGCCGAUAAAGAACAAAUUGUUAAGAGAAAAAAUGCUAUUGAUAUUCCAACACAACAGAGUAAUGGUAUUAGUGGAAAAAUAUGGUGUGAUGAAUAUGUUGUUCGUACUGAUGAAAUAAUGCCAUCCCCAUUAAAACAAUGUGAAAAUAUCAAGCAGAAUCAAGUGAUCAGUGUCAAAUAUCGUGAUCCACAAUAUUCAGAUGAUUAUCUAUUCAAAUCACAGUUACUAAAAAAUGUUACUAUACCUACACCAACACUGAAACCAUUAAAUUACGAUAAUAACAGACCAUAUCGUCCGAAUUUAGGUUUCGCUCAACAGCCACAAUUUCAACGAGAUUUUCAACCAGCACAACGUUUUAUUAAUCAUUCUCUAGGUGGUCAUCAACAGAAUUCCUAUCAAUAUAAUCAACGACAACAACAGGGUAAUAUGGGAAAUCAAUAUCAACAGUCAUCUUCUUAUCGUCACCAUCAUCGUUCACAGUCGGAUAAUUCAUCUUUUGGGCAAUAUAACGAACAUGGCGGUCACCAACAACAGCAGCGGCAGCAGCAGCAAUCUUAUUGGACGGAUGCGCCUGCCGGUUCCAGUAGACCUCGUUUUAGUCAUAACAAUAACAACUCAUACCGUCCAAAUAAUAAUGGACGAGGAUCAUGGCAAAAUCAACGAUAUUAA